AUGGAAUCUGGGAGAAGGGGAUGGAAUCUGGGAGAAGGGGGUGGAAUCAGACCCCCUCAUUCUCCCUCCUUCCAUCACCCCGCCCCAUUCUCCCGCUUUCCAUCACCUCGCCCCAUUCUCCCGCUUUCCAUCACCCAGCCCCAUUCUCCCACGUUCCAUCACCCCGCCCCAUUUUCCCGCUUUCUAUCACCCUGCCCCAUUCUCACGCUUUCCAUCACCCUGCCCCAAUCUCCCGCUUUCCAUCACCCCGGCCCAUUCUCCCUCCUUCCAUCACCCCGCCCCAUUCUCCUGCUUUCCAUCACCCCGCCCCAUUCUCCCGCUUUCCAUAACCCCGCCCCAUUCUCCCUCCUUCCAUCACCCGCCCCGUUCUCCCUCCUUCCAUCACCCCGCCCCUUUCUCCCUCCUUCCAUCACCCCGCCCUAUUCUCCCGCUUUCCAUCAGCCCGCCCCAUUCUCCCGCUUUCCAUCACCCCGCCCCAUUCUCCCGCUUUCCAUCACCCCGCCCCAUUCUCCCGCUUUCCAUCACCCCGCCCCAUUCUCCCGCUUUCCAUCACCCCGCCCCAUUCUCCCGCUUUCCAUCUCCCCGCCCCAUUCUCCCGCUUUCCAUCACCCCGCCCCAUUCUCCCGCUUUCCAUCACCCCGCCCCAUUCUCCCUCUUUCCAUAACCCCGCCCCAUUCUCCCUCCUUCCAUCACCCGCCCCGUUCUCCCUCCUUCCAUCACCCCGCCCCUUUCUCCCUCCUUCCAUCACCCCGCCCUAUUCUCCCGCUUUCCAUCACCCGGCCCCAUUCUCCCACUUUCCAUCACCCCGCCUCAUUCUCCCGCUUUCCAUCACCCCGCCCCAUUCUCCCGCUUUCCAUCACCCCGCCCCAUUCUCCCGCUUUCCAUCACCACGCCCCAUUCUCCCUCCUUCCAUCACCCCGCCCCAUUCUCCCGCUUUCCAUCACCCCGCCCCAUGCUCCCGCUUUCCAUCACCCCGCCCCAUUCUCCCGCUUUUCAUCACCCCGCCCCAUUCUCCCACUUUCCAUCACCCCGCCCCAUUCUCCCGCUUUCCAUCACCCCGCCCCAUUCUCCCUCCUUCCAUCACCCCGCCCCAUUCUCCCGCUUUCCAUCUCCCCGCCCCAUUCUCCCGCUUUCCAUCACCCCGCCCCAUUCUCCCGCUUUCCAUCACCCCGCCCCAUUCUCCCGCUUUCCAUAACCCCGCCCCAUUCUCCCUCCUUCCAUCACCCGCCCCGUUCUCCCUCCUUCCAUCACCCCGCCCCUUUCUCCCUCCUUCCAUCACCCCGCCCUAUUCUCCUGCUUUCCAUCACCCCGCCCCAUUCUCUUGCUUUCCAUCACCCCGCCCCAUUCUCCCGCUUUCCAUCACCCCGCCCCAUUCUCCCGCUUUCCAUCACCCCGCCCCAUGCUCCCGCUUUCCAUCACCCCGCCCCAUUCUCCCGCUUUUCAUCACCCCGCCCCAUUCUCCCACUUUCCAUCACCCCGCCCCAUUCUCCCGCUUUCCAUCACCCUGCCCCAUUCUCCCUCCUUCCAUCACCCCGCCCCAUUCUCCCGCUUUCCAUCAGCCCACCCCAUUCACCCGCUUUCCAUCACACCGCCCCAUUCUCCCGCUUUCCAUCACCCCGCCCCAUUCUCCCGCUUUCCAUCACCCCGCCCCAUUCUCCCAUCACCCCGCCCCAUUCUCCCGCUUUCCAUCACCACGCCCCAUUCUCCCGCUUUCCAUCACCCCGCCCCAUUCUCCCGCUUUCCAUCACUCCGCCCCAUUCUCCCGCUUUCCAUCACCCCGCCCCAUUCUCCUGCUUUCCAUCAUCCCGCCCUAUUCUUCUCCUUCCAUCACCCCGCCUCAUUCUACCUCCUUCCAUCACCCCGCCCCAUUCUCCCGUUUUCCAUCACCCCGCCCCAUUCUCCCGCUUUCCAUCACCCCGCCCCAUUCUCCCGCUUUCAUCACCACGCCCCAUUCUCCCUCCUUCCAUCACCCCGCCCUAUUCUCCCGCUUUCCAUCACCCCGCCCCAUUCUCCCUCCUUCCAUCACCCCACCUCAUUCUACCUCCUUCCAUCACCCCGCCCCAUGCUCCCGCUUUCCAUCAUCCCGCCCCAUUCUCCCGCUUUUCAUCACCCCGCCCCAUUCUCCCACUUUCCAUCACCCCGCCCCAUUCUCCCGCUUUCCAUCACCCCGCCCCAUUCUCCCUCCUUCCAUCACCCCGCCCCAUUCUCCCGCUUUCCAUCAGCCCACCCCAUUCACCCGCUUUCCAUCACACCGCCCCAUUCUCCCGCUUUCCAUCACCCCGCCCCAUUCUCCCGCUUUCCAUCACCCCGCCCCAUUCUCCAUCACCCCGCCCCAUUCUCCCGCUUUCCAUCACCACGCCCCAUUCUCCCGCUUUCCAUCACCCCGCCCCAUUCUCCCGCUUUCCAUCACUCCGCCCCAUUCUCCCGCUUUCCAUCACCCCGCCCCAUUCUCCUGCUUUCCAUCACCCCGCCAUAUUCUUCUCCUUCCAUCACCCCGCCUCAUUCUACCUCCUUCCAUCACCCCGCCCCAUUCUCCCGUUUUCCAUCACCCCACCCCAUUCUCCCGCUUUCCAUCACCCCGCCCCAUUCUCCCGCUUUCCAUCACCACGCCCCAUUCUCCCGCUUUCCAUCACCCCGCCCCAUUCUCCCUCCUUCGAUCACUGUGCCCCAUUCUCCCGCUUUCCGUCACCCCGCCCCAUUCUCCCGCUUUCCAUAACCCCGCCCCAUUCUCCCGCUUUCCAUCACCCCGCCACAUUCUUCCACUUUCCAUCACCCGGCCCUAUUCUCCCUCCUUCCAUCACCCCGCCCCAUUCUCCCUCCUUCCAUCACCCCGCCCCAUUCUCCCUCCUUUCAUCACCCCGCCCUAUUCUCCCGCUUUCCAUCAGCCCUCCCCAUUCUCCCGCUUUCCAUCACCCCGCCCCAUUCUCUCGCUUUCCAUCACCCCGCCCCAUUAUCCCGCUUUCCAUCACCCUGCCCCAUUCUCCCGCUUUCCAUCACCACGCCCCAUUCUCCCUCCUUCCAUCACCCCGCCCCAUUCUCCCGCUUUCCAUCACCCCGCCCCAUUCUCCCUCCUUCCAUCACCCCACCUCCAUCUACCUCCUUCCUUCACCCCGCCCCAUGCUCCCGCUUUCCAUCACCCUGCCCCAUUCUCCCGCUUUUCACCACCCCGCCCCAUUCUCCCACUUUCCAUCACCCCGCCCCAUUCUCCCGCUUUCCAUCACCCCGCCCCAUUCUCCCUCCUUCCAUCACCCCGCCCCAUUCUCCCGCUUUCCAUCAGCCCACCCCAUUCACCCGCUUUCCAUCACACCGCCCCAUUCUCCCGCUUUCCAUCACCCUGUUG